CCAGAGUAAGGGAGAUGUAUGAUUCCUGGUGUUAUAGUCUGACAGCAGAAAUGAAAGGGAGUCCUUUUUACUUGUGGGAAAAUCGACUACUGAGGCCAGUACUUUGGAUGCUCACAGUCUAUCUUGUUCCAUCUGCAUCCGUUCUACUAUUAGCCAACCCAUCAGAAACGAUAUCUGUGAUGAGAAGAGAAGAGGCGGAAAUACGUUUGGUGAAUGGAGCGAGCCGUUGCCAGGGAAGAGUUGAAGUUCUAUACAAUGAAACCUGGGGAACAGUGUGUGAUGACGAUUGGGACAUUGUAGAUGCAAAUGUGGUUUGUCGACAGCUGGGUUGUGGCCAUGCUAUAUCUGUACCAAACCGACUCCUUUUUGGUCAAGGCACAGGCCCAAUUUACCUAGAUAAUGUGGACUGCAAAGGAAGAGAAACAGCACUAAGCCAGUGCAGAAGCCUUGGAUGGGGAGUUCAUAACUGUUAUCACUACGAGGAUGUCGCUGUCACCUGUAAUGAAAUAUUGCCAACGCCAAGUAACAAGGGACAGUCCGCAAAAACGCCAUCAACAUCUUUGCAGAAUGGUCUAAGGGAUGGCAGUAUCAGAUUGGUCAGUGGCGCUGACUCCUGUCAAGGAAGAGUAGAAGUCUUUUAUAAGGGAAAUUGGGGAACAGUGUGCGAUGAUGACUGGGGAAUGAAGGAUGCAAUAGUUGUCUGUAGACAGAUUAACUGUGGUCAAGCCCUGGACUAUAAAAGCAAUGCUUAUUUUGGAUAUGGAACUGGUUUAAUAUUACUGGAUAAUGUGAACUGCGAUGGCUCAGAGACCUAUCUAUCAGCUUGCUACAGUCUCGGCUGGGGCAUCCACAACUGUGGCCAUCAUGAAGAUGCUGGAAUCAUCUGUGCUGGGCAUGGAGUUUCAACAACACCCCCAAACUUCACUCCUGUAGUUCAAGAUACUGCAGAGUCAAUUACAGACACAGCGACAGCUACAUGGGGUGAAGGUCAACCUUCUCCUGAGACAGAUUUAUUUACAACUGCGUUUUUCCAUCCUGGAAGAAAGAGUGGCAGUAUAAGACUGGUAAAUGGAAACAGCAGUUGCCAAGGAAGAGUGGAAGUUCUGUACUGGAACACUUGGGGCACUGUGUGUGAUGAUGACUGGGAUUACAAUAAUGCACAGGUGGUUUGUAAGCAGAUGGGCUGUGGUCCAGCCAUUGUAGCUACAACCCUUAGUUAUUUUGGCUAUGGCAGUGGACCUAUACUCCUAGACAACGUAGACUGUGUUGGAACAGAGAAAGAUAUUGUGGACUGCUUUCACUUAGGCUGGGGCCAGCAUAAUUGUGGACAUCAUGAAGAUGCUGGCGUUAUAUGUCAAGGUUUAAAGGAAUCGGAACUGUUUUCAAAAGGGAGCAGCUUUGAAGUGACAACUGAAUCUGUAACACCCCCUAAAGAUGGGUCUAUCCGUUUAGUGAAUGGAAGCCACCGGUGUGAAGGUCGUGUGGAAAUAUUUUUCCUAUUGCAGUGGGGAACUGUUUGUGACGAUGCAUGGGACAUGAAGGCUGCAAAGGUGGUGUGUCGAUCCUUGGGCUGUGAAGCACCUUUUAAUGCCUGGGGAGAAGCAUGGUAUGGACAGGGAACUGGUAUUAUCUUCAUUGACAAUGUUAAAUGUCAUGGCAAUGAAAGUUCCUUACUUCAAUGCUCUUACAUCCGAUGGAAUGUCCACAACUGUGAUCAUUCAGAGGAUGCUGGGGUAAAAUGUGGACUUGGCUGAAUAAUGCAUUAUUAUUUGAAUGCUAAAAAGUGUAAAUGUAUACAUUUUGUAAAUAUUAUUGUACCUUUUGUAAGUUUGCACUUUAUUAUCCCAUUUAAAUCAAGAAGACAUAAAUAUACAACGUGUUAAACAGUAGCCUUAUACAAUAAAGGUUCAAAAAAUGUUGAAGCAGUUUAAGCAGACUGCCAUUUGUGCCUAUCAUGGUUAGUUGGCUCACCUUGCAGCUGAGAGAUCCACUAGCCAUUGCCCCACUGCUAAUGAUAUCCUAAAGUAAGCCUGUGGGUUACUUUACAUUAUUCGAUGGCCCAUGUUCCAGGAUUUUGCACAUUCAUGUGCUUGCUUGCAUGCUCCAAAGGUCUUUCUACUGUAUAGCCUAUUUCCAGAACCUGGGCACUCUAUUACGCCAAUAUUGGGCUCAAUUUCCACGGUUGAUAUCUGGCUGAAUGUGGUUAAUAUUUGUAUUAUAUAGUGCUUGUUUUUUUAGGAUACUCAGAAACUAUGAAGAUAAUCACAAAAUGGGAGUAGACACCAGCUCUUGACCUGGGGUCAACUCAGGUAGUGUGAUUAGUCCACAGGUUUACUAGGCUUUGGCUAGCUUUAGACAAAUUUACCUCUAGAAUUCAUUAAUGGCAAUCUGGAGACUUCAGACUUUGGUUUGCAAGACUGUAUUGGGUGAAAAAUAAUACAGUAUGGUAGGUGGAUAUAAUGAAGACUUUCCUUAUUCCCUCCCAAGCAACCAAUGUUCUUUUCCAUUUAAUUGGUCCUACAUGAUAACAUCAGGCAAGGUGUGACACCACGAUAGGAGAAGAGGAGUGGUUUUGUGAAACCAGUUCCGAAUGCAAAAAGAUGGAGGAGGAACCCUCCAGAAGCAAGGGAUAAACCAAGUGUUCCUCUCUGUUAUGUCCCCCAAGACCAAACAAUCAUAUUACCCUUUACAAAACGAGGGGCACUCAAACUCUUUUUUUCUAAGCUGACUGGAGUUCAGCUUUAAUGCAGGGAAGUUGCAAAAUUGUUGCCAAAUAAGAAGGUAUCAUGAUUUGCAAAAGAUCUGGAUCUAAUUGUUUAAUGUUCUUGUUAAAUGCCCCUCGAGGUAUUUACCACAAAUACAACAUGCAUAACAUAUAACAAGCUUUAUUUGUGUUUUUUCUGUACUGUGAAGCAUUUAGCAUUAUGAAAUUGCUAACUCUUAUACUUUGAAGUUGAUCUGAAUCUAAUUUUCUUUUUUCUCUUUGGAAUCUAAUUUUCUAAUGAAUCUUGUUGUUAGGUUUCUUGAUAAAUGUCCCUCAAGGUAUUCUCUCUAUACAGUACAUGCUAUACGAAAACAUAACAAGCUUAGAGGUUUCUUAUCUGUCAAGCAUUUAGCACUCUGGAAUUGCUAACCUUCAUACUUUGACACAGACUACCUAGUGAUAUUCUGAGCUGCUGUAAUUAAAAAAACUGUAAAAAAAAUUCUUUUAGGUAAGAUUUUAUGACUGUUUUGGUGAAAAGGAGUUGUAUGUAUUUCAUAUUAUAUCUUACUUUACAAGUCACCUUUCCAUGCUUUAUAUUGAUUAAGGUGGUGUGGCAAAAAAAAAAGGCUUAUGUAAAACUUUGAAUAAUAUGAUAGUAGUUUUCAGUUUACACUGAAAAUAUUUUUAUAUGAUUAUUGUAAAUGAAAUAUAUUGAACAUUUUUUGGAAUCUCUGUGAUUUAUUAGCUGGUGCUGUGAAUAAUGUCAUUGAUAUAUACUGUACAUUUGUAAUUAUUUUUUUUUCUGUUAGAUCAUUAUAAGAUUCAAACUAUUUCAUACAUAAACAAAUCUGCUAUGACCAAGCCUUUUUGUUUUCAUGCGUAUGCAAAUAUAAGAUGUCAAAAGAUUUAAGAGGUCAUUUACAUUAUAAUAAUUAAAAUUUCUGUUCACCGAAGUGUCUAUAGAGAACGUUCAGGGAAACGAAAUUUCUUAGGAGGAUGAGUCAAUGUUUUGCCUCAUGUAGUAAUAAAGAUACUAUAAAUCUAAAAAUGUUUUUCUUAAAGCAAACCUGUAAAUAAGGAGAAAAAAACUCAAGUCAUCCUUCACACUUUACUUGGCAUCUGCUGGUGCUUAUACAUACCUAAGCAAUGCAUAGGCACAGGGCUUGAUUUUGAGUGUGAAAUUGGCACCGAUACUAGGCAAAAUUGAUUAUUUCCAGUGACUUUGUGGAAAUGAUGCUAAAAAAAAGUAUAGGUAUCAGAGGGUGUCUGGCACAGAGUGGGAAGGGUUGUGGAUUUCUUGAGCUAGCCAUACACAAGCCACAUACUAACCUUUUUACUUUCGGGCAGUCCCACCAAAUGUGCCCCGUUUGGCAAUCUCUGAAACAUAAGGGGAAAUAAGUUUGGAUUGCAUUGGAGAUUCUCAAAGGGACUAGGUACCAGGGGAAUAGUAUCUACUAACUUGUCUCCACCACUAUUACCUGGACAAAACUUCCAGGAACAUCCAGUUCUUUUUUUUAUAAUCACUUUUUUCCUUUAUUAUAACAAAUCUAAUUUUCCAAUCAAAGUAAAAAAGAAACAAUAAACAGAGACAGACAAAUACAAUGCAUACAAUUACAGUUCCAAUCCACUUCCACUGCAUUUCCAUUUCAGCCUCUCUCCCAUUUGAAAACAUAAGAAGACUGAAAUAUACCAAUUUAUUGAGUCCAUGGCCUCCUGACUUGUUUAAUUAGGCUACUUCAAAUGGUAUAUGGCAAGAUAGGACUGUUUUCUUGCAUUUUCAUGAUUGCAAGAAAUGUUGUUCAAUAUUUCUAAAUGAAAAUUUCUAGAGUUAAUUUUAUGUUUUCCCUUGAGAGUCUCAAAUGGGAUAAUGCCCAAGUCCUCAGGAAGUCAGUGGUUAAAUAAAGGUUUUGACAAAGUUAGAUAAUGAAUGAUUGUGAGUUGCUAUAGCUUGAGGGGGCCAUUGGGUUACCUAAUAUCGCAUUAAAGGGAUGCAUGGUGAAAUUAAUUUAUGUCUACGUUUAAAGGGGUUGUAAAGCUUUGUGUUUUUUCACCUUAAUGCAUCCUAUGCAUUAAGGUGAAAAAACACCUUGCAAUCUCGGGUCCCCCAACCCCUGUUUUACUUACCUAAGCCACGAAACUUCUGGGCUCGUUCCUGCGAUGGUUUCCCCCUGCUUGAGGCGGCUCGUCAUUGGAGAUUGAUAGCAGCGCAGCCAUUGGCUCAUGCUGCUGUCAAUCACAUCCAAUGACGUGGUGUGCCAGGGCCGAGUGAUACAAUUGGCAGCUAUAGCUGCCGGCUAUAUCACGGGAGCGCGCCCGCAAGCUAACCCCCUUGGAAGAGAGCUUCCCAUGAAG